GCUCUCCUGUGAGCUGAAAGACAUGUCUAUCACGGGACUGAAAAAGAAGCAGCCAAAGACUUUUAAAGUGAAGGUGGUAACAAUGGAUGCAGAAAUGGAGUUCAGCUGCGAGAUCAAAUGGAAAGGGAAGGACUUAUUUGACCAGGUCUGUCGCGCGUUGGGUCUGAGAGAAACGUGGUUUUUCGGCUUGCAGUACACCCUCAAAGGGAUGCUUACCUGGCUGAAGAUGGAUAAAAAGGUUUUAGAUCAGGAAAUCCCCAAAGAAGAUCCGGUUAGUUUUCGCUUUCUGGCUAAAUUUUACCCCGAGAAAGUUGAAGAGGAGCUGCUGCAGGAGAUCACCCAACACCUAUUCUUCCUGCAGGUUAAGAAACAAAUACUGGAUGAAGAAAUCUACUGUUCUCCCGAGGCUACGAUUUUGUUGGCUUCCUACGCUGUUCAAGCAAAGUAUGGUGAUUAUGACCCCGACCUCCACAAACCAGGCUUCCUAGCCCAGGAAGAGCUCUUGCCAAAGAGAGUCCUUCGUCAGUAUCAGAUGACGCCUGACAUGUGGGAAGAGAGGAUAGCUGCCUGGUAUGCAGGGCACAGAGGUACAGCCAGGUAUGAAGCUGAGAUGAACUAUCUAAAAAUCGCACAGGACUUGGAGAUGUAUGGCGUUAAUUAUUUUCCCAUUGCUCAAAAGAAGAACCACACAGACUUCCUUCUCGGCGUCGACGCCAAAGGGAUCCACGUGUAUAGCAUCAACAAUCGGUUCUCUCCAAACAAGUCUUUCGAAUGGAGCAGCAUUCGGAACAUUUCCUACAGCGAGAAAGAGUUAACAAUUAAGCCUAUUGACAAGAAGGCUGAAGUCUUCAAGUUCUUCUCUUCGCAGCCCAAAGUCAAUAAACUGAUCAUGCAGCUUUUCAUUGGAAACCACGACUUGUUCAUGAGGAGGAGGAGAGUAGAUCCCAUUGAGAUCCAGCAGAUGAAAGCUCAAGCCAGGGAAGAGAAGGCUAGAAAGAAGGUGACCCUCUGUGGAAAAGCGGGCUCCACAGCUGCUGAAAAGGCUUUUCCAGUCACAAAGCUCUUGAUCAGCUGCCAUUUUGUUUGCAGAUGGAGCACCAGCGUCUGGCCAGGGAGAAGCAGCUGCGCGAAGAGGCCGAGCGAGCAAAGGAGGAGCUGGAAAGGCGCCUGUUUGAGGUGGAAGAUGAAGCUAGGCAAGCCAACGAAGCCCUGCGCCGUUCAGAGGCAGCAGCGGAGCUGUUGGCCGAGAAGGCCCAAAUCGCAGAGGAUGAGGCGAAGUUGCUGGCUCAGAACGCUGCCGAGGCUGAGCAGGAACGCCAAAGGCUGGAGUUGGCGGCCCGAAAGACCAAGGAAGAGAAGCGCCUGAUGGAGCACAAGAUGCGGGAGGCAGAGCUCAUCGCCAUGCAGCUGGUGAAAGAGUCGGACCGCAGGGCCAAAGAGACUGAGCAUUUGAAACAGGACCUGCAGGAUGCCAGGGAAGCUGAAGAAAAGGUCAAGCAGAAACUCCAUGAUGUCAACAAGGUUAAUCACCUUCCU